CCUCCACUCACCCAUCCGUGCUCGAUUCGCCAUGGAUGCCCUCCAAAAAGUGUUUGCAGCGAAGAACAGCUCGACCAGCCCCGCGCUAGUCACUUUCGUGACCGCGGGGUACCCCCGGGUCGAGGACACAGUCCCCGUAAUGCUCGCAAUGCAGGAGGGGGGCGCAGAAGUCAUCGAGCUUGGCGUACCGUUCUCAGACCCCAUCGCCGACGGUCCCACUAUCCAAGAAACCAACGUCGUCGCACUCAAGAACGACGUCGACUACGUUCAGUGCCUUGGAAUGGUUCGUGAGGCGCGGAACAAGGGUCUCACCACUCCGGUGCUGCUGAUGGGUUACUAUAAUCCUCUUCUUGCAUACGGAGAGGAGAAGGCUAUCCAGGACGCGGCAGAAGCUGGCGCGAAUGGUUUCAUUGUCGUCGAUCUUCCGCCAGAGGAGGCUGUCGCCUUCCGUGACAAAUGCCGUGCCGCCAAGCUUUCCUACGUUCCCCUCAUCGCCCCUUCUACAUCCCUACAUCGCAUCGAGUUCCUCACCUCGAUUGCUGACUCAUUCAUCUACAUCGUCUCCAAGAUGGGCACGACUGGUUCUUCAGCAUCAGGUACCAUGAACAGUGCCCUUCCCGACCUCGUUGCACGUGUCCGAGACUACACCGACCUCCCCCUCGCUGUCGGCUUCGGUGUCGCGACCCGUGCCCACUUUGACCUCGUUGCGGACGCCGGUGCGGACGGUGUUGUCAUCGGCAGCCGCAUCAUCUCUGUCAUCAAGGCAGCACCACCGGCGGAGGUCGCACAGAAAGUUGAAGAGUACUGCCGCGAGAUCAGUCUGAAGGGCCAGCCACCCAGGCGGCCGAACUUCACUCCGCGCCCGUCCGGGACGCCGUCGCGGGCGAGCGUGAGUCACAAUGAGUCAACGGAGUCCGCGCAGAAGUCGAUUCUGCCGCCACGAUUCGGUCAGUUUGGUGGCCAGUAUGUUCCCGAGUCACUCUGGGAUUGCUUGGUGGAGCUCGAGGAGGUGCACAACGCUGCAAUGAACGACCCCAAGUUCCAGGAGGAAUGGAAGAGUCUGUAUGGUUACAUGAACAGGCCUUCAAGGCUCUACAAAGCCGAGAAGCUGACCGAGGCAUCUGGCGGAGCGACCAUCUGGUUGAAGCGUGAAGAUUUGAACCACACGGGCUCACACAAAAUCAACAACGCCAUUGGACAGAUUCUUCUUGCGAAGAGGUUAGGCAAGACUCGCAUCAUCGCAGAGACCGGCGCGGGCCAGCAUGGUGUUGCCACCGCGACUGCAUGUGCCCGGUUCGGCCUCGAGUGCAUCAUCUACAUGGGCGCAGAGGACGUCCGGCGCCAGGCCCUCAACGUCUUCCGCAUUCGCAUGCUCGGCGCGCAGGUCAUCCCCGUACACUCCGGCUCCUGCACGCUCAAAGACGCGGUGAACGAGGCGAUGCGCGAUUGGGUGACGAACCUCUCGAACACGCACUACCUCAUCGGCUCCGCCAUCGGCCCGCACCCGUUCCCCACCAUCGUGCGCGACUUCCAGCGGGUGAUCGGGCAGGAGAUCAAGGAGCAGCUCCGGGAGGAGGUCGGCAAGCUCCCCGACGCGGUCGUGGCGUGCGUCGGCGGCGGCAGCAACGCGAUAGGGACGUUCUACGACUUCAUCAACGAGAAGGACGUCAGGCUCAUCGGUGUCGAGGCUGGCGGAGAGGGCCUCAGCGGCGACAAGCACAGCGCGACGCUGAGCAAGGGCCAUGCCGGCGUGUUCCACGGUGUGCGCACCUACGUCCUGCAGUCAGCAACCGGGCAGAUCGUCGAGACGCAUUCGAUCAGCGCCGGGCUCGACUACCCCGGUGUUGGCCCCGAGCACGCCUGGCUGAAGGACACCGGCCGCGCCGAGUACACUGUCGCAACAGACGAGGAGGCGCUGCGCGGGUUCCGGAUGCUCACCCAGCUUGAGGGUAUCAUCCCUGCUCUCGAGUCGUCCCAUGCUGUGUGGGGCGGCAUGGCGCUCGCAAAGACGUUGCCGAAGGACGCCAACGUGGUCAUUUGUCUGUCCGGCCGUGGAGACAAGGAUGUGGAACAGAUCUCGGAGCUCCUCCCAGGCAAGUGGGAGGAGAAGCUCAAUUGGCACAUCACCUCGGCCCCGGUAGCGCCCAACCAAUGAGCGUGCGAGCGGCCCGGCAUCAGCUGGCAUCAUGAACCAGGGGAAAUGUUGUGUGAUUAGGUGCGAGCGAUGGAACAGGAGAAGCGUAUAACAGCUAUAUGUAGACUAGGGCCGCCGUGCGCUGAAGUAUGAAUGCACGACCGUCAGCGGUGGACAAG